AUGAAGUAUCUCGCAGUAACUGGUGGUACCGUGAGUGGACUGGGCAAAGGCAUCACCAUUAGCAGCAUUGGUGUCGUACUCAAGUCGCUAGGACUGCGUGUCACAUCCAUUAAGAUUGACCCGUACCUUAACUGCGACGCCGGCACCAUGUCCCCCUUUGAACACGGAGAGGUGUUCGUGCUCAACGAUGGCGGUGAAGGUGACUUGGACUUGGGCAACUACGAACGUUUUUUAGGCAUCACGCUCACACGUGAUCACAACAUUACCACGGGUAAAGUGUACACAAACGUGCUCGAGAAGGAGCGUCGCGGCGAUUACCUGGGCAAGACUGUGCAGGUGGUGCCCCAUGUGACGGACGCCAUUCAGGAAUGGAUCGAGCGUGUUGCUCAGAUCGGUGUGGAUGGUACACAUGCCGGUGAGGCGGGCGCUGUGGAUGAUGAAGCUGCUGAUGUUUGCUUAAUUGAGGUCGGUGGCACUGUCGGCGAUAUUGAAAGCAUGGUGUUCCUUGAAGCUCUGCGACAAUUUCAGUUUCGUGUUGGGACCGAGAACUUUUGCCUCGUGCACGUUUCACUUGUGCCGGUCCUUGGCUCUGUGGGCGAACAGAAGACUAAACCAACGCAGCACGCCAUCAAAGAACUUCGCAGUGCUGGUCUAACGCCCGAUGUAAUCAUCUGUCGUAGCAGCUCGGAGCUCGAGCCUGCCACAAAGGCGAAGAUCGGCAUGUUCUGUCAAGUACCGGCCAACCACGUGCUUUCGGUGCACGACGUGAGCAACAUCUACCAUGUACCGUUGCUGCUGUCCAAGCAAGGUGCUGCUAGUAUCCUGAUGUCCAAGUUGCAGCUGAUGGACCGCUUCUGCGAGCCGAACCUUGCGGCUUGGUCUGCCAUGGCCCAUCGCGUAGACUCGUUUGAGAAAGUGUGCAAGAUCGCUCUUGUCGGCAAGUACACGGGUCUGCAGGACUCAUAUUUGAGUGUCAUUAAGGCACUUAAACACGCAACCAUGAAAUGCUAUCACGAUUUAGAGAUUGAGUGGAUUGAAGCCAGUGACCUGGAAGUGGAAUUGCGUGAGAGUAAUCCCAAAGCCUACGAAAAUGCCUGGAACAAGCUGCGCAGCGUAGACGGUAUUGUCGUUCCGGGCGGGUUUGGUGACCGUGGUGUUGACGGCAAAGUGCUCACCGCCAAGUACGCCCGUGAGAACCGAAUUCCGUACCUUGGCGUGUGUCUGGGCAUGCAGGUUGUGGUGAUUGAGUACGCACGCAAUGUCAUCGGCUGGAAGGAUGCCAAUAGCGAGGAAUUUAACGCUGAUGCUGAACACAAGGUGGUUGUUUUCAUGCCUGAGAUAAACCCGGAGGUCAUGGGCGGUACCAUGCGCUGCGGUGAGCGCCGCACGAUUGUGCACGAAAAGGAAGACCCAGCGAAGCGCUCGCUGGUAUCGUAUCUGUACGGCAAGGACAAACCAAUUCUCGAGCGUCACCGUCACCGUUACGAGAUCAACCCGGAGCUUGUGCCUGCUAUUCGUGAGGCAGGCCUCAAUUUUGUCGGCACGGACGAGAAGGGUGAGCGUAUGCAGGUGGUCGAGCUUGAUCGCGAUGUGCAUCCGUUCUACUUCGCUACGCAGUACCACCCGGAGUUCAAGUCACAUCCAAAUGACCCGUCACCGCCAUUUUACGGCCUGAUUCUUGCUGCUACCGGACAGCUCUCCCAGUUUAUGAAGGACGAGACCAUGGGACAGCAGCCGUAA